CUCGAAGGAACAAAAGACCUAUCAGAAGAAGAAAAAUCCAAGAUUCUGUCUGUGACACUACCCUGGGACCUACCAGGUGUCACACUGAGCAACAGGUGGUGGUUGAGGGAGAAAAUACUUCUUCAUGCUGUUCUUGAACGGACAAAACAGCAGGUUAAACAAAUCCGACGAGGCCUAAAAGAGACAGGUAUCUGGGAAUUUUUUAGCUCCAGGCCAGACGCAGCUGAAGUCCUAUUCCCAAGGGCCUGCGAUGCAGAGAUUACGCCAAAAAUGAUUCUGGACAACAUCACCUGGCCAAGAGAGGAGGACAUUGAUGAGGACAURGUCAGCCUGGAGGAACACUGCAGAAUAAUGMCCUUCCUUCGUCAAUUUAUUGAUGAAGGUAGUCCUGAAGUCCUGAAGGCAUUGCUCAUAUUCUGGACUGGUUGGGGUGUUGUAUCUUCAAACCUGCAGGUGGAAAUCAUCGACUGUGUCCUACCACAGUCAUCAACUUGCUUUCUAACUCUCAAGCUUUCACGAAAUUCAACAAAUUAUGAAGAGUUUCAUCGUGAUCUGGUGGCUAGCUUGUCCUCCUCAUACUCUGGAUUUGGUCAAAUUUGAGUAUUUCAAAAGUUCAAGUGUAGUUAUUGUUCACACACACACACAUUUACAUAGGAGUUCAAAAUAUACAUAGAUUUAGAUAUAUUACUGUUACAAAUGUUAUGCACUUUUAUUAAGGAACACUCAGCACCAACAUAAUUGUUGAGUUCAAUUGACAAGGAAGGCUUUUCAUUUUGACGGCAUGUUGUUUGAUCAAGACAUCAGGUUCCUACAUCUCUGGGUUGACCACUAACAAAAAAGCUAGCAGAACAUAAAUACACAUCCACCAGGACCUGUUACAUUUUUUUAUUAUUAUUAAAAAAAAAAACUUACAUUGACAUUUGUGCUGUUUAUGUCUCACUAAGACUGAGAACAAGAUGACAGAAUAUAAAUAAAUGGUAAUCUGAAAUUAAACUGAUCAAGGAUGAGGGAAAAAUUGGUAGAAGCAAUAUUACAUUUGCUCU